AACCACCUCAGACUUGACUUUUGUGCCAGCCUGUCUUCCCCCGGAUCCCGUGGAAGUAGAGGAGCUGCAGCGCUUUGUUUCUAACUCCAAGAGGCUGUUUGUGAUGACUGGAGCUGGAAUCUCCACGGAAUCAGGGAUCCCAGAUUACCGCUCCGAAGGUGUUGGGCUCUAUGCCAGGACAGACAGACGGCCGGUCCAGCACGCCGAGUUCCUUCGCAGCGCCAGUGCCCGGCAGCGCUACUGGGCGAGGAACUUCGUGGGCUGGCCCCAGUUCUCCUCCCACCAGCCAAACACAGCACACCGGGUGCUCAGAGACUGGGAGAAGCUGGGGAAGCUGCACUGGCUGGUGACCCAGAACGUGGAUGCCCUUCACACCAAAGCUGGGAGCCAGCGCCUGACGGAGCUGCACGGCUGCACGCACAGGGUUUUCUGCCUGGCCUGUGGAGACCAAAUCUUACGCUCUGAGCUCCAGGAGCACUUUGAAGCUCUGAAUCCUACUUGGAAGGCCGAAGCAUUUGGCGUGGCUCCGGAUGGGGAUGUCUUCCUGACGGAUGAGCAGGUGUGCAGUUUCCAGGUCCCAGCCUGCCGUAAGUGUGGUGGAGUCCUGAAGCCUGAUGUGACAUUCUUUGGAGACACAGUGAGCCAGGACAAGGUGAGCUUUGUGCACCAGCGCCUGGCGGAAUCAGACUCCAUGCUGGUGGCAGGAUCCUCUAUGCAGGUGUACUCUGGUUACAGGUUUGCUCUCGCUGCCCGGGACAAGAAGCUGCCAAUUGCAGUCCUUAACAUUGGGCCCACCAGGUUAGAUCACUUUGCAUCUUUAAAGCUGAAUUCCCGCUGUGGAGAGCUCCUGCCUUUGAUUGUUGCAUGAUCCAACCAGCUGAGCUUCAGUAGCUAUCAGAAGUAAAGUUAAUUGUACAAGGUGAGAAAGGGAAACCCUUCUACGAGGCAGCCGUGAGAUGCAGUGCGUGGCCGCUGAGGACACCAGGAGAGGGCAGCAAGCCUCGCACAUGUCAACAUCACCAAUUCUCUCCAUCGAAACCGUCUCCACUUACCAGGAAACAGGAUGAUGAUGAUGAUAAAAAAGUACUUUUCUGCCUUACCUUGCCAUUGUAAACAGUGCCUUUUCAUUCACUGGGACAGAAUAAU